UUAAACUUAACCAUUGCCACGCUCGCUCAAGUCGCGAUUUUUUGUUAAAUACUUCUUUUUUUUUUGGGAAAAUUUCUAAAAGGAUUUAUUGAUUACAUAUAUUCUGUGUGCGUGUGCGUAACAAGAAAAGAAUAUAAAUAAUAGUGUGUGCUUUACUUGUUUACAAAAUGAAAUUAUUUACCAGUGCCAUUGCGUUAGUGUUGCUAGCGACAAAUAUCUCUGCCGCCGGCUUUGAGUGCCCCAAGCCAAAUGGUCAAUUUGCCGAUGAAGUUCAAUGCGAUAAGUUUCAUGUAUGCGAAGAAGGUGUGGCCAAGUCUCAUCUAUGUCCCGAUGGUUUGGUCUUUGAUCCAUUGAAUCGUAAAGUCAACAAAUGUGAUCAGCCCUUCAAUGUAGAUUGCGAAGAUCGCACAGAGCUACAGGAACCCAAAUCCACCAAAUAUUGUCCACGCAAGAACGGUUUCUUUGCCCAUCCAGAUCCGGCGGUAUGCAACAUUUUCUACAAUUGCAUUGAUGGCGAUGCUCUGGAGACCAAGUGCACUGUGGGUCUUCAUUUCGAUGAGUACUCCGGAACUUGUGUGUGGCCCGCUACAGCCGGUCGUGAGGGUUGCAAUCCCGAAAUGAGACAAUCGGCAACUGGCUUUACCUGUCCCAAGGAUCAGCCCAAGACCGACGAUCGUGGUCAGGUGGUCUCACAUCCCAAAUAUCCCCAUCCCACCGAUUGUCAGAAGUUCUAUGUGUGCCUGAACGGUGAGGAUGCCCGCGAUUUGGGCUGCCAGUUGGGUGAGGUCUACAAUGAUGCCACCGAGAUGUGUGAUGCUCCCGAAAAUGUGGCCGGCUGUGAGGAUUGGUACAAGGAUGAUAAACCUUAAAUGAAAUGGCCAAUAUUUGGCCAAGUGCCGCCCGCCGUCUCGCGCGUCUCCCCUUUCUUUGUUUCUUUCACCUUCUCUCCUUCCUUCUCUUAAACUUUUCUACAUUCGUUUCCCUAUCAAAUCAUAGACACACACACACUCACUCACACACAUCCAUACACUGAUUAAGGAUUCGCGUCGUUGUUAGUCACUUAAAUUUAAUAAGUCUAGCUAGCUGUUAAAUGUAAUCUCUUUUUCUAUUCUUUUAUUCUGUUACUCUGUUCUAUUUAAUUUUCAUCUAUCCCAAACCUUCAGCUUUUCUUGCUCUAUCUAUAUAUUCUGUAUGCUCAUCUCAAGUCUUUUAUGUUUUUCAACUUUCUAUAAUAUUCUUAAAUUUAUUAUAAACAAAACACACAAAAAAUAAACUAUUAUAAAAAUUGUA